GCUGGCUUAUUUUUAAUUGCCCGUCACAUGCGCCGGCACCUAUAAAGGCGACAGUUACACAACACUGUGCAAUAAAAUUUGUGAAUGAAAAUGUGCUACAGAUUUAUGACGUAGAUUCAGCAUCUGAAGACCAUGAUGGAGAGAGGGCCAUGUCGCGUGUGCCUCACGCAGACCGAGCACAAAUGCUCCGGCUGCCAGGACGUCCACUACUGCACUCGAGAGCACCAGAAACAGGACUGGAAGCAGCACAAGCACCAGUGCGUGCCGGCCAGGGUCAAGGCGGAUCCCACCUUCGGUAGAUACCUCGAGGCGACCAGGGACAUCAAAGCUGGAGAUAUUAUCCUGAAGGAAAAGCCGCUGAUGAAUGGACCUAUGCAAGUGACUCCACCGGUAUGCCUCGGCUGCUAUAAACUCUUGGAGGAAGGCAAGACGGUAGACUGCAUCAAAUGUGGCUGGCCAUGCUGUUCAGAGGCCUGUACUUUAAAGGAGGAUCAUAUACCUGAGUGCUACUAUACACAACAACGAGGGAAGAAGGUUUCAAUAUCAACUUUUGGGAUGCCACAUCCUAACUACGAAUGUAUUACGACGUUACGCUGCCUGUACCAAAGAGACCAUAACCCAAAGCUGUGGAAGAAGAUGCAAGCUUUUCAGUCCCACUGCGAGCAGAGACGUGGCUCUGAGAAAUGGAAUAAUGACAGGAAGAUGGUUGUGGAGUUCAUUUGGCAGUUCUUCAAGCUGGAAGGCACGUUUACUGAAGAAGAGAUCAUGCGGUGUUGUGGUGUCUUACAGGUUAAUGGUCACGAAGUUCCACUAAUGGAACCAGAGUACCUGGGUUUAUUCGACCGGAUGUCUAUGGCCGAGCACAACUGUUGCGCAAACUGUUACAAGAGCUUUACCUCUGAUGGACAGAUCCUGCUGUGCGCAGGCGUGGACAUCGCCGCAGGGAGCCACGUCACGCUGAGCUACACGGACUCUAUGAGCGGCACGGGGGUGCGCCGCCGUCACCUGGCCCAAUGGUUCUUCGAGUGCUGCUGUGAGCGGUGCUCCGACGUCACCGAGUUUGGCACCCAUUACAGUGCCGUCAAAUGCAAGAAAAAAGAUUGUAAAGGUUACCUCCUGCCUGAAACGUUCGUGGUACCACUUCUAGCAAAGACAACAAUACCAAGUCCAGCAUCAAAAGGUUGGGUGUGCGGCGGCUGCAAGGACAUGGUGUCCGACGACAUCAUCCAGCAGCUCCUGCGGGACAUCGACAGAGAAUUGAGUGUUAUGCCUAAGGGAGACCCUGAAGCAUGUGAAAAGUUCAUAGAUCAGUACAGCAGCUACCUACACCCGUCGCACUACUACAUGACGAACGUGAGGCACGCGCUGGCGCAGACAAUCGGCCAGGAGUCGGAGAAGUGGCUGGUCGGAGUCACGGACGACAGACUGCUGCUCAAGACUCGAUUGUGUAGGGAGAUCGCAGAUCUGUUCAGAACCUUGGCUCCAGCUGAAUAUCGAGUCCGCGGCUACAUCCUCUUCGAGCUGCACGCAGCAAUCGCGGAGGCAGGACGACGACUCUCGCUAAUUGAUGGACCCACUUCAUCACUGCUUGGAUAUUUAGUGGAGUCCCGCGAGAUCCUAAUGACAUCUGCCAGUUUGCUGCGCCACGAGCCCCCGGAGCUGCCGGAAGGCCGAGUCCUGCAGCAGGCCCGGGCCAACUUGGUUCAGUUGGACGAGCUCAUCCGCAACCUGUCCAGGGCACUGCCCUCCCCAAUGUGAAAAUUGUAGACUGAAUACUACAGUAAUAUUAGUGUAGUCGACGAUAA